AUGAACCAGAAGCCGAUCCUGGUGAGGUCAUGGAGCGAGCACGACCCCUACAAGACCUGUGCUUUCUGGUAUUAUAUCCGGCAAGGAUACUGGAUAUGUGCAAGCCGAAUCCUGGACGAGGAUGCGGCGAACCCGUGGCAGGACCUGACGGUGUGGGCUUCGGGCGAGGGGGAGGUGCUUCCUCGAGGAAAGAUCUACUCACCCUGGAAUGGGGAGAUCUUGCCGUGCUGGUCCCAGGGAGUAUGUGGAGCCCUCAGCGAAGUUUUCGAGCUCGUGGGGAACAGGGACCAGCAGGAGAUCUCCGUCCUGAAGGACAAGAACGAGCAACUGGAGCUGGAGAUCCAUGCCCUGCGACUGGAGGCCAGAAAUGGUAGACCCUGA